AUGGACGAGCCAUCUGAGAAGCUCCAGAACCUUAAGUCGCUGAAUUCUCUGCUGCUCAAGGAAACCAAGGACCGCCAGCAGCAGGUGGAGUCGCUGGUGCAGGGCAAGGCAGAUUUGGAGUCCGAGCUGAGUCGGUAUGAAGCUACAUUUAUCAAUAAGAUUAUUAAGGAAAUCUCAGUCGAAGUACUACAACGCACUUAUUUGAAUGUGGCCAAAUACCCAGUUGGAAUACAAUCUUGUGUAGAAGAGGUGGAAGAGAUUUUAGAUGUCGGUGAAAAUGGUCGUUGUGUGGUUGGGAUUUGGGGGGCAUCUGGAAUUGGCAAGACAACAAUUGCAAAAGCUGUUUAUAAUGCAAUUGCUCAUAAGUUUGAAGGUAGUUGUUUCCUAGCAGAUGUGAGAGAAACAUUAACAUCACAUGAAGGCAUAAUCAAACUACAAAACACUCUUCUAUCAAAAGUUCUACGUGGUACAGAGUUGAAAAUUGACGAUGUUCAUCACGGAAUCAGCCUUAUAGAGAAACUUUUGAGACGAAAGAAGAUUCUCUUAAUUCUUGAUGAUGUGAAUGAAUUGGAGCAGUUAAACAACUUGGUUGAAGUCGAUUGGUUCGGUGAGGGUAGCAGAGUGAUCAUAACCACAAAAGAUAGAGGAUUGCUAGAAUCUUAUGGGGUCGAGUUGAUAUACGAGGUCGAAAAGUUAGAAGAUGACAUGGCUCUUGAGCUUCUAUGUUUGAAUGCCUUUGGAAGAAAAGAACCUUCAGAUGAUUAUUUAAGCCUUGCACAACGUGCAAUAGCCUAUGCUCAAGGACUUCCGUUAGCUAUUACUCUUAUAGGUUCUCAUCUGCGUAAUAAAAGUAUAGAUAGUUGGCAAGCUAUAUUGGAUAGUUAUGAUUCUUACGAAGGAGAACCUUAUAGAGUGUACCUCAAGAUUGUAUUGAAGAACUCGUUGAGAAUGCCAUCAUAA